AUCGAUGCACUUCUGUCGAUGCUUCUUCGUUUAUUGGAACACCAUCAAACUAAGGAUAAACUCAUUAGUAAUCUUGGAGAGACCAGUGUUGCUGUUAAUCUGUAUACCCUCAUUAUGAAGCCGCUGGACGAAGUGGAUGCAAAUGCAAAAAAGAAAACGCUCCAGAUACUGCACAUUUUGCUCUCGAGUGGGCGUGUACCGGAUUCCAGUCGAAUGCAGCUGUUCCUCGACGACUAUGGCGGUUUUGCUAGUUUGAUGAUGCAUCACACCAAUUUUUCCUCACUUUUACAUGAAGAAGCGUCAGUGAAAAUAUUCUUGAAGAUAUUACAAAAAGGUGAGGAGCUAACGAGCGCAGUACCCCAAAUUGUGGUCAAUAAAGAUGGUGUUACUCAUAUCGAGGACUUUUUUAAAUAG